CUGAGUGAAGAGAAGUUAGAACAGCAGGCAUAUUGGUGGUGUAGAGAGGUUCUCACCUGUUGUUAAAAGCUGUUAAUUAAAAAAAGAAAAAAAGAAAACAUUUUUUUCUCCUCUUGAGGUUCUCGGAGUGCGUGCCUUCAGGAUGACGGACGCUCUUUUACCAAAUGGCAUCAACGACGGCGGCGGAGACAAAAAUUAUUUCAAAAAGGGUUGCAACCCAUUCGCACAGACUGGACGAAGCAAACUGCAGAACACACGAGCCAGUCUUAACCAGCAGAUUAUCAAACAGAUGAGGAUGAGGGCUGGAGCUGAGAAUCUGCUCAAGGCUACAUCCAAUAGCAAGGUGAAAGAAAUGGUUCUCUUGGAGUUGAGCUACGUUAACGCAAACCUUCAGCUUCUGAUGAGCGAGUUGGAAGGUCUCAACAGCUCUGUGGAGGUUUACCAGAACAACCAAGAUUCUGCCAACAUUCCCCUCAUUGCUUUGGGCCUGAAGGAAACAAAAGAAGUUGACUUCUCUACUCCAUUCAAGGACUUUAUCUUGGAGCACUAUAGUGAAGACGGGAAGACUUUUGAAGAUGAGAUUGCUGACUUCAUGGACCUGCGACAGGCAUGCAGAACACCAAGUCGAAGUGAGGCCGGAGUGGAGCUGCUUGCAAAAUACUACAGCCAUCUUCCUCUGAUAGAGAGCCGAUUCUUCUCCCCAACCAGACAGACGGGCAUCUUCUUCACAUGGUAUGACUCCUUCACAGGAGUGCCACUAUGUCAACAAAACCUGUCACUAGAGAAGGCCAGUAUCCUUUUCAACAUGGCCGCCCUCUACUCUCAGCUCGGUACCCGUGCUAAUCGACAGACACUAACUGGCCUGGAGGAGGCUGUUUCUUCCUUUCAGAAAGCUGCAGGUGUCUUGAAUAACCUUAAGGAGACUUUCACCCACACUCCCAGCUACGACAUGAGUCCAGCCAUGCUCAGUAUGCUGAUUCGGCUGAUGCUUGCUCAAGCUCAGGAGUGCUUGUUUGAGAAGAUUGCACUGCCUGGCAUCCGAAACCAGUUUUACUCUCUGAUGAAAGUUGCACAAGAGGCUGCAAAGGUCUCAGAAAUCUACGAUCAAGUCCAUCAGUGCAUGAUCCAGACACCAGUAAAAGACAAUGUGCCAUUUUUCUGGUCCACCAUGUCACAAAUUAAAACCAACCACUACCGCUCCAUGGCACACUACUUUGUAGCUUCAGCACUGCUGGACCACCAGUUGGGUCCGGGCGAUGAUGAGGACAAGCAGGAGAAGACCUUGUCACAGGUGUAUGAUAGCCUUCCUGAGGGAUGCACUGCUCUGGACAUCUUAAAGAACAAAGAUGAACGUCAGCGGAUUGGUAAAGCUCACAUCCGUCGUGCCAUCUUUGGUCAUGAGGAGGCUUUGAGGAUUUAUGGAUUGUGUAAGAAUACCAACAACUUGGAGGUCCUGCAGGAAAUUUUAAAAGCCAGUCACCAGCGCUCAGUCAACAAGCACAGUGAAAAUGAAAAUGAAGAAGAGUUCACUGAUUAUAUGGAGGCCCCAAAAAUCAUCUCUAAAACAGAACACAAAGCAGAGAUGGAAUUUCCCGCAGCUGCAAAGGUGAAAGUCAUCGACUUUUUCCAGAGGCUGGGCCCGCAGUCAGUCUUCUCGGCCAAGCAGCGGUGGACUGCCCCACGGACAAUACGGGUUCGCUCAGACGACAGAGACCUGGGUUUCACACUGAAAGGAGACUCACCGGUUCAGGUGGUUUCACUGGACCCUCUCUGUGCAGCUGCUGCUGAUGGCCUCAAAGAAGGUGACUACAUUGUUGCUGUGGGUGACACAGAGUGCAAGUGGAUGAGCGUGAGUGACAUGAUGCGACUUCUGAAGGACGUGGACGAGGAGGGGAUUGAUAUCCAGGUGGUCAGCAUGAUGGACAACAGCACUGCCAUGCCUACCAAGAGUGCAACCUUCUGUGGAAACUUGCCUAAGACCUACUCCAUGAUUUGUCUGGCCUAUAAUGAAGAUGACAAGAACUCCAAGUCUCGCAAAGUAGCCAAGAAGUCAUCAUUCCUCAGCUGGGGUUUAAAGAACAAGAUGAAGAGUGCCAGCACCCUCAGCCUUCCCACAGCAGACAAGGCCGGCGCUCUGCCCUGGAAUAAACCUUGUCCCACCUUCCCCAGCUCCAGCUCCUACAACAAUGACAGUGGCCUCUACUGAGCUAACUGCAGCUGUUACUGUCUGCAGUACGCAUAUUGAGCCCAGUAUACAGUACUGUGCUGUACCUAUACUGGACCUGUUUUGUGUACUAUCAGUGACCUUUGGUGUUUCCACUGGAAUACUAAGCAGCAGUGUAUGUAGUAUGUUGCUUUGGAAAGUGGCUGUGCCAAAUACUGUAUAUUGGUGCACUUGAUGGAAUGUGGGUGCUUUCCCAGCACAGUUCUGUAUCUGAUGCAAGUUGCACUGUACGUCAGACACAAUAAAAAAGCAUUUAGUGCCAUUCCAGUAUAUGUACAGCACAGUGAAACUGCACUGUCGGAAAAACUAAAACGUAUAUACACACACACACACACACACACACACACACACACACACACACACACACACACACACACACACACACACACAGAUCACUGAGACUGGCUUCUUAGUUAAGCUGCGAUUUCAGUGUUUUGUUUUUGUUUUUUCUGAAAAACAUGCUCCAGACGAAUCGAAGAAGAAAACAGUGGUGCAAACACACCCAGCCCCAGUUUCUGCUUGACUGCAAGGCAGUGAUUUGAUUGUGGGUUAAGCACUCCCUUGUUAGUGCCAUUGUGUACAGAGCUGUACACAGUGAGCAUAGCUGUGCAUACUGUAUAUGGGAAGGAAUCUUCUUAUUGCCACAGUUUUGUAGAAAUCAGUGGCUGCUGAUCAGUUUCGGGAUUUAAAAUUCAUGGAUUUUAUGGAUGUAGAUUUAAUAAACUAUGUUGCAGUAUGUUAAACAGUGAUUGAGGGAAUGCUAAUUGUAUAGUGGAGUUUUUUAUGUCUGGGAAGAGGGGUGUGAUGAAUGCAAUAUUCUAUAAGCUGCUAAAAAAAAAUCAUAUGUGUACCAUGGUUAUGUAUUACUGUCAUUUGUAUUUGUGAGACAGUCUUUGAGGACUGUUGUUUCUGCUGAGUGCCGUUCUUGGGACACAGUUUUAAAUGCACAAAUAUUGGUAUUUUAAAUUUGCUUAAUGUACCAGUUAUGCCACAGACCAUUAUGCCUCCAAGUUCCAGAAAUACAAGGAUGUAUCAUUUACCCUUGUGAUUCAUCCUACCCGCUUCCCUAAGAAGAGCAUGACCUGUGUUUUAUUGAUGUGAAUUUUGAUGUAGUUAAAGUUUAUUAUGUCUGUAGAAGGGAAGAAUGUGGGCAGACUGAUGACUUUCCUGCAUCGCUUGGACAGCCAGUCACCCUACAGUGACUCUGAUCAAAUCCCACAUUUGGGUUUCUACUCUUUAUCUACCUGUCUUUAUCUUAGUCACAUUCCCUAUUUUACUGACACUUUGCCGUGUUGGACUUUCUCUUUAUCUACAAAGUAGAUUCUUAUACACAUUUGAUAAUCAAAUUAUUUAUGUAAUAAAAAACACAAAAAUAUAUAUUUACCUGUAAGCUGUAGGUUGUAGAGCUACUUUGUGAAUGGUCAAGUUGUGAAUGCUGCUUUGCACGCGAGAGUCCUUGGUUUGUUUCUUGAAUGAAUGUAUGUUACUAGCCUUGCUUAAUCCAUUAGCGAACUUAUAUAUUGCUGCAUUUCAAUGUUUUAAAUUCUAAAUAUUUUUAAGCAGUUUCACUGAGAAGAUGUAACAUUCUUUACUGUUUACCUGUUACUUUCUUUUAAGUGCCAUUUAUGCUAAAUCAUGAAGGAAAAUGCCUCACCGAGUGUGUAACAAGUCUGUGCAGUGAAUGCUUCAUAUUUUGUUAAGUGUACUAACAGAUGCAGAGGAUCAUCUUUUUUACAUCUUUGUGUUCAUGUUACAGUGCCUAAUAAUUCUAAAUGCCUUAGUGUAUCUGCAGAGGUUUAUGGUACCUGUUUUUCUAAAGCUUUCAGGUUGCCUUUGUUCCUUUCUGUGCUUGGUCCUGCAUAGCUCUGUGUUGAUAAGUCUUUGUAUGAGUUCAAAUGACAAUAAAAAGGAAUAAAACACAU